AAGUUCCCGACCUUUUUUUUAAAUUAAAACACUCAAGCAAUUUCAAUUUCCAAAAACAUAGAUGUCUCACACUCUCACCCUACAUUUCAACCUCAAAAUAGGUCACACACUAUCAUCAUUAUCCAGCAGAUAAAACGAUAAAAAUAAACUCCUUUCAAAACAAUUUUCACGACAAAUCACCAUAAAAAGAAAAUUACGAAAGUCAUGAUCGAAAAAAAUUAAAGGAAAUGAUAAUAAGGGCAAAAAAGGAUUGUAAACAUCUUGAAAACAAUGGCUGAUAUUCCAAUUAUUAGCGAUAUCCUUUUAAUGAAAGAAGGAUCGUGCUCGGACACCUGCCGCAGUAGUAUAAUAGGUUUAUCGUCUAAAAUUACGAGUGGGUUCGUGUGAAAUAAUGUAAUUUUCUGAAAAAAAAAAUGUUUUAAAGGAAAAAAAGAUGACAAAUUGAAUGUCCUCUUAAACAUUAUAAUUAACGAAUGAUAAACGUAAGGAAUAAAUCUAAACCACUAUGAAAGAUAUUAGGGAACGUCAGUUUGUGAGCAAACUCGAUCGCUAUCAACUUGAAGACAAAUAUUUGCGGGUGCUCGAAGAAAUGGAAAGUUUGAAAAAACAAUCCAAUCAACAAGAAGAUAAACUUAAAAGACUGACUACUAAAUUAAUGAGAGUUUCUGCAAAUCCUUCGGCUUUUGUUAAUCUUCAUGAUAUUUGUAAUGACAAGGAGAGAAUUUCUGCUUUGGAAUGCGAAAAUAAUAAGUUAAAAAAUAAAGUAAAUGUAUUAAGAAAUCAGUUAUUGUGUUAUGUAAACCAAAGAUUAUCGCCUAAGAAAUUUCACAAAUUUAUGGUAGGAACACCAAAAACUGAAAAAAACUCAAAGUUGAAAACCGACUCUAGUCAAUUUUUGUCACCAAAUAAUGAAGAGGAUUUGCAAAAAUUUCAAGAACUUGAAUCACAAUCGAAGGAAAUGACAUUUAGAAUUUCGGAACUCGAAAGUGAAUUAGUGAAUCGUGAUACUGAGAAUCAAAGGGAAAAAAUUGCGGACAAUAUUAAACACAUUCGUAAUUUGCGUUAUAUUAAUGAAUGCACUGGACAGCUUGUUGUGUUUGAAAAUGAGAAUAAAUCUCUAAAAUUAGAAGUCGAGAAUCUGAGAAAACUUCUCGCCGACACAAAAAAAAUAAACAAAGAGAUGACAUCUUCGCUGCUAGUGGAAAGAAAGAAACUAACCGAAAUGGAUUUGCAAAUUUUCAAAACAAAAGACUCGGAACUUUCUCUCAGGGAAAAAGAUGAGCAGAUUCAAGAUUUAAUGAACGAAAUAAAAAUUCUCCAACAACACAAUAGCGAAUUAAUAGCACUAAGUACCAAGUAUUCUAAUGUGGAAAUCGAAAAUUUACAGUUGACGAACAAAAUAUCGGACCAUGUGAAUAAUAACGAAGUUUUGAAAAAUGCAUUGAAUAACGAGCAGGCGAAUUCAAUUGCUCUUCAAACGGCCAAUUCGCAAUUGCUCCUGAAAUUAAAUGAACUCCAGAGAAAUGUCGAUACAUUGACAAUUCAGCUGACGACCUAUGAAGAAAUAUCCGUGAAGCAGAAAUCAACCCCAAAAAAGAAGGAGCGAGACGAAAAAUAUUCAUAUUCUCCACAAGCGUCUGAAAAUAUUCCCUCCGAUUUGUCUAAAAAUAAAACGAAACACUGCACGACGAUCAUAAAAGAAGAAUUGAAACUGAGAAUAGAAAAAGAAUCACAAACUGAAAAUAGUUAUUUACAAAAGUCUGAGAAUUUUCGUAAAAAAGAGAACGAAUUUAUUCAGCCAAUUGUAAAUUCGGAAAUUCCCGAAAGAAGAAAACAAGAGGAAAUUAAUAGAAAUACGACGAAUAUUCAAAAUGGAAAUACAUUGUCGCCGGAGAGAAUGUUGAAAUUAUUGGAACAGGCACAAAUAUCAAAUCAAAUUGAAAUGCAAAACAACCGAUUGAAACAAGUUGAUCCCAUUUCGGAAUCGAUACAAAAACAAAGAUUGAAAGAAGGAGGAAUGAAAUUUAUUCAAGAUUUAGAAACAAUGCAAUAUUUAAGCAGGCACAUCGUCAAUUAUUGCUCGAAUAUUAUUCCCUUUAAAGAUCCAAAUCAAAUUCUAUUUCUCUUCUCCGAGAUUUUGAAAGACUAUAAUUCUUCCUCAAAAUUUGGAAACAAAAAUAAUGUUCAGAAAACUUUUAUUGACUCAAACAAUAACGAAACGGAAUUAGAGCCAAAUUAUCGUAAGACUGGAGAAAAUGUUAUUUUUCAAAAUUAUGAAAUUUUUAAAUCUAAAUUAAUUAAAAAAGAAGAAGAUGAUGAAGAUGAAAAAAGCGAGAAGGAGAAAUCCGAAUGUUUCUGUAUUUGCGAUGGAAGGUGUCCCAAUUAUUUUUACAAACAAACUAAUGAAAAAUGCGUUUGCUGUUGUAUUCAAAAUUCCAAAAAUUCGACUAAUUGCGAAAGUUGUUCGAAAGGAAAGAAUUUGUUUGAAAAUAUUGUUUCUGAUGUUAAUUCAAUUAAGCAAACUUUUCAUAAGCAUCCAAAUUUAGAAUCGAAAAAAAAGCAGAGUAGAAAUUAUAAUUCGAAAUUAUUGGAUAAUUCAAUUUUAAUAACCAAGGAUCAAGGUCUUUUGGAAGUUCACAUAGUUCGACUUCAAUUGUCUAAAUCGGCAGUGCGACUACUCUAUCAGGACAACGACCUAUGGAAAGCAUCCUUCUUCAUUAGUUGGGACAUUGAGGAUCAAAAAACAUCAUUCACGCCAGUGAUGAAUUAUCCAAAUUUAAAUUUUGACUCAUCGUCGAUCUUUGUCGUUCUUGAUCUCUACAAUUUUUUGCACUACAUUUUUGAGAAAUAUAUCACUUUUCGAGUUCAUGCUUUUUAUCCAAAUAAAGUGACUCACACUGUUGCCGAAACAAAAAUUUGCAUCAAGGAGAUUAUCGACUAUCCUCACAAUAAAAUGCAGUAUAUUUCUUCAGUGACAAGUGUCAUUCCUUGUAGUUAUGGAACAAAUUUCGGCUAUUUGUCUCUAUGGAUUCGACUCGGCUGUGAUCUCAAUAAAAUCGAAACAUUUAAAAAUCAACGAGAAAUAGUUUCAGAGAGUUCAAAAGUAACAAAUGAAUCUAAAGAUAAUCGACAGUCAAUAAAUUCAACGCCAAAUAAGAUUCAGAAGGAAAAAGCGGAAAAUUAUUUAUCGUCCGAAACAGAGAGUGAUGAGGAAUUUAUUCGAAAGGAAGGAAGCGAAAAGGAAGAAAUGAAAAAUUUUACAAAUAGAAAAGUUGUUAAGAACGAGAAUGAGAAAAAUUUUGAAAUCAGAAACAAAAGGAAUAAAAAUUCUCUUUUCCGAAAAAUGGCGAUAAAUUCGAAUACUUCAACAAUAUCGACGAAUAGCGUUUUCUCAGAAAAUGAUGAAUUCUUUCAGGAAAAUGAACACUUGAAAAUACUGGAGGAACUGAAGGCAAAAAUGACAAAAAAUUCCGAUCGAAUUGUGAAUGACGACAUUAUGGAGUUCAAUAUGCUUUCAAAUAAAAGUCAAUCCGAUAACACAUUAUACGAAGUACUCACGGAUGACAAUUGGGAUAAAUACAAGAUAAAAAAUUUUCAAACUACAAGUAAAAAUUUUAAUUAUAAUCGAGAUAUUGAUGAGGAAUCAGAUGAUAGUGAGUUAGAGGAUGAUGAGACGUAUUCUCUACACGAUCAAGACAAGAAACUCAACUGUAUAAUAAUUGAAUUGAAGAGCAUAAGACUAUUUAAAGAAUCCACCAUAUUUCUGAAUCCAAAUAUUGUUCAACUUUACAUUGAAUAUUCCUUUUUGGGAUAUUUUGGCAAAGAUAUGGAAACUUAUUCCGUUCCUGUUCCGGAAUCUCCAAUGUUGGAAAUGAAGUAUAAUUUCAAAAAGGAAUUCCAAAUAGAUGGAAAAAAUCAUUCGAAACAAAGAGAAAUAUUAAGAAAAAUGUUGACAGGACACUUAGAUCCGUGUAUUAAUUUUAUUCUGGUUAGUGAACCUUUACCCGAAGAACAGUUUAAAGAUUGCGAAGAAGUCGGAUUUGCUAAAUUAAAUCUGAAGGACUAUGUUUUGGGCAAUUAUACUCGAAAUAUGUCGCUUUUGAUAAAGAACAUUAAUCAAACUAAAAACGUUGGACACUUGAGGAUCACUGUCGAUGGCAUCGAAGCCAUGAAAAAUUGUUUAUAGUCAUUCGAGUUUAAAUUAUUUUCAUUUUACUAAAUUUUUUACGUUACUUGAAAUUUUUUUGAAAAUAAAAAAAUAAAAAUAAAUUUUGUAAUUCUUUACAUUUUGUCGAAAGAAUUAGAAAAAAUAUCGACUUACCAACUUGAUUUAUAAUCACGGAAAAAAUAUUAUUAUAUCUAAAGAGGAAGUUAAAAAAACGAAAGUUUUCAAUAACAUUUAUUUAAUAAUUUAAUAACAAAUUAAUAUGGACACU